AUGGAGGUUCACGUAGCAAAAAAGUUUCGCCUGGGCCAUAAGAUUGGCUCAGGUUCAUUUGGAGUCAUCUAUAUAGGUACGAAUAUUGGCACGAAGGAAGAGGUGGCCAUCAAGCUCGAAGAUGUCAACUCCAAGCAUCCUCAGCUGCACAUUGAAAGCAAAUUCUACCGAGUGAUGGCCGGUGGGAUCGGCAUCCCUCAGCUAAAGUGGUUCGGCACUGAAGGCGACUACAACAUUAUCGUCAUGGACCUGCUCGGUCCUAGCUUAGAAGAUUUAUUCAAUUUUUGCAAUCGCAAGUUCACUCUCAAGACUGUCCUCCUGUUGGCCGACCAACUGAUAAGUCGAAUUGAGUUUAUCCACAGUCGCGAUUACAUUCAUCGUGAUAUCAAGCCAGACAACUUCCUAAUGGGCCUUGGCGACCGAGGGAAUCUUGUAUAUAUUAUCGACUUUGGCCUUGCCAAGAGAUACCGUGAACCAAAGUCUCGGGAGCACAUUCGCUACCGAACUGGCAAGAAUCUGACUGGCACUGCCCGAUACGCCAGUCUGAACACUCAUCUCGGCAUUGAACAAAGUCGUCGUGAUGACCUCGAGUCACUGGGGUACGUUCUGAUGUACUUCAACCGCGGUUCGCUGCCCUGGCAAGGCCUGAAGGCGAACACCAAGCGGCAAAAGUACGAGCGCAUUAGUGAGAAGAAAAUCUCCACCACCCUGGAAGACCUCUGUCGCGGCUACCCGGCCGAGUUUAUCGCCUACCUAACCUACUGCCGUGAACUUCGCUUCGACGAGGACCCGGACUACGUUUACCUGCGCUCCCUCCUGCGGGUCCUCUUUCACCGCCAGGGCUUCAGCUACGACUACGUCUUUGACUGGAACAUUUUGAAAUACGUAA